GAAAUCGAAAGCAACUGUUGCAAUGUUCCCGCUGAAUUGUAUUUGGAUCGAAACGCAUUAAUUUCGAGCUAAACAGAACGUGCAGAAUUGCAACCCAAACACUCCAAGCAAAUGAAGAAACUGCUUAAUGCUAUUCUUUGUUUUCUGCUACUCAUGGCGGUUGACUGCUGGCCUUUUGGUGAAGACCCUGUUACUGUUCCUAAUGCUCCAGUAACAGCACUGGUAGGUGAAUCUGUCAUUCUUCCUUGUCAUCUCUCGGCUGAAAUCAGUGCUGUUGAGAAGGAGGUCAGAUGGUACAAAGUCAGAAAUAACAAAUCCUCCAUUGUACUGAGCUAUGUAACCAAGAAAAGCACACUGGAGAUACAAAAUGAAGAAUACAGUGAUCGAGUUAAUUUUUUCAUCCAAGAGAUGGAAAAAGGCAAUGCAUCUCUACAAAUAAAGAAUACUGCAUUUUCUGAUGAAGGAGAGUAUAAAUGCUGCAUCAUAUCAGAUAAUCUUCAUUGUAAAAAUGUAAAGCUUCUUGUACCAGUGGGUCUGAAUAUAACUGAAAAUGUUAAUGCCAUCUUGGGUACAAGUAUUAUACUCCCUUGCUAUCUUGACCCUAAGGUGAGUGCUGAAGAUUUGGAGCUGAGAUGGCAAAAAGGUGGACUUGCUACUUCAGUCCUUCUUUAUAAGAACAAAAAAGUGGUGACAGAGGAGCAACAUGAGGACUACAGAGAAAGAGUCCAUCUGUAUACAGAUUUAAGAAAAGGAGAUUUGAGUCUGGUAAUUGAAGAUGUAAGAAUUGCAGAUGAAGGCAAAUACACCUGCUCUGUAAAGGCAGUUACUCAAGAAAAUGAAGGACGUUUAUACCUUAGUGUUAGUGUGGGUCUGAAUAUAACUGAAAAUGUUAAUGCCAUCUUGGGUACAAGUAUUAUACUCCCUUGCUAUCUUGACCAUAAGGUGAGUGCUGAAGAUUUGGAGCUGAAAUGGCAAAAAGAUGGACUUUCUACUUCAGUGCUUCUUUAUAAGAACAGAAAAGUAGUGACAGAGGAGCAACAAGAGGACUACAGGGAAAGAGUCCAUCUGUAUACAGAUUUAAGAAAAGGAGAUUUGAGUCUGGUAAUUGAAGAUGUCAGAAUUUCAGAUGAAGGCAAAUACACCUGCUCUGUAAAGGCAGUUACUCAAGGAAAUGAAGGAAGUUUAUACCUUAGUGUUAGUGUGAGACUGAAAAAUUUCCCUGACAAGAUUAGUGCAACUAUGGGUCAAAAUACAGCAAUCCCUUGCCACCUUAACCCUGAAGUGAGCGCUUUAGAUUUGGAGGUGAGGUGGCAAAAAGAAGGACUUGAAACUCCAGUACUUUUGUACAAAAAUAGAAGAGAGGAGCAACAUGAGCAGUACAUGGGACGAGCCCGACUGCAUUCUGAUCUGACAAAGGGAGAUUUGUCUCUGAUAUUGGAAAGUGUCAGAGAUGUGGAUGGAGGCCGAUACACCUGCUAUGUUAGGACACUCAGCCAGGUGAAUGAAACAACUCUGUACCUGAGCAUCACUGGUCAUGGCAGAAAACCUGUCAUCACUGUUCAUAAACAGCCUGGUAGGGAGAUUAGACUGAAGUGUGAAUCUAAAGGCUGGUACCCUAAACCGGAGCUUCACUGGAAUUAUGGUGAUGGUUCUGUCAUAACAGUUCAUUCAGAUUUCUCUGAAAAAGUGGAAGAGGAUGGGAGGAUCACUGUAACAAGUUAUCUUUCUGUACAAGAUUCAUAUGAAGAAGAUUUUUUGUGCAUUGUACAACCUAGUGAUAGUGAAAAAAAGUUUGUCUCCACGUUUCAUGUCUCAGUGAAGUUGAAAACAUCUGAAAGCACGUGUCUUUCCGAGAUAAACAAAAAUGUCAUACUACCUUGCCAUCUCGAUCCUGCAGUAAGUGUUUUAGAUUCAGAGGUGAAAUGGGAAAAAAAAGGACUUACUUCUCCAGUGUUUCUAUAUACAAAUAGAAGAGUGGCACUAGAGGAGCAUCACGAACAGUACAAGGAGAGAACUCAACUGAAUUCUGAGGAUAAAAGAACAGGAGAUCUAUCUCUUUCAUUGAAAAAUGUCAAAGUCACUGAUGAAGGCAGAUACACCUGCUCUGUUAAAGCACAUGGCAGAGAGAUACAAGCAAGCCUAGACCUUAGUGUCACAGCUCAAGGCGGCAAACCUGUAAUGACUGUAGAUAAAGAGCCUGGGAAUGUUAAACUGAAGUGCAUAUCAAGAGGCUGGUAUCCCAAACCACAGCUGAAGUGGACACAUGAGGAUGGCUCUGCAGUAACAGAGUAUUCAGAGCUCUUUGAAGAAGUGGAGCAUGAUGGCCGAAUCACUAUAACAAGUUAUCUUUCAAUAAGAGACCAAUAUGAUCAGAAAAUUUUGUGUAUUGUACAACUUAGUGGUAGUAAAGAAAGAGCUGUAUCCAGUAUCGUUAUUUCUAGGGGAAGACCUCAGCAUCUUGCACAUUUGGUGGCAUUAAUCUGUAUGAUUCUUGUACUUUGCUACAUAAUUAUGUGCAAAAAAGGUUAUGCACAAAUUAAAAGUAUGUUUUUUGAACUGUUUACUCAAGAUUCUCUUGCUAUCAUCGUUUUUUACCUACAGUGUAAAGGUCUCUGUGAAAUUCUACUUGUUGUGGCUGCUUCUGAAAUUAAUAUAUUCUUAAUUCUUACACAAAAAAUUCAAGGAGGUGAGAAGCUGAAAGUACAGAAUACUUUAUUGCAGUUUGUCCGUGAGUGCCUCAUAAUACUUGGAAUCAUCUGGUGGAAGAUAAACGAUGACAGUCUACUGCUGCUGCUUGCUGCUUUGAUUCAAGCAGGUGCUGUUGUGCUUGUACUAGGAACAUCACAAGGUACAGUAAUGAGUAAAACAUUUUCAAAUGAACAAAACCUAAAGAUUUACUCCAGUAAUUUUAUGUUUAGGUGA